AUGGACUUCUACACCUCCCCCCAUAACCACACCAAGAACCCCGGAUCGGCCGUCUCCCCAACCGCAUCCGCAACCACAUCGACCCGCGAACCCAAGCUUCAACUCCCCUCGACCACCGACCCACCGGGCCCCUCCAACCCCCCAAAGCCCCUAGUAUGGCUCAUCUUCGGCGCAACAGGCCAUAUGGGCCGCUCGCUCGUCAAAACGGCUCUAUCGCGGAAUGACCUCGUCAGCGCCGUUGGCCGCACCUUCGAAACCAGCCCCGCAGCCAUGUCCAAGCUCGAACAAGAACACCCCAAUAAGUGCCUCGGACUACUCUGCGACGUGCGCGCCCGCCCCACCGUCCAACGCGUAAUCGACGCCACGAUCGCGCGCUUCGGGCGCAUCGACAUUAUCGCAAAUUGUUCCGGGUACGGAGUAAUCGGGGCGUGCGAGGACCAAGACGAAUACGAUAUCCGGGACCAGUUCGAGACGAAUUUCACAGGCACAUUGAAUAUGAUUCAGUUGUCGUUGCCGCAUUUUCGGGAGCGUGGGGCCGGGCGGUACUUGAUUUUCAGUUCGACGUCGGGGGCCCUGGGAGUGCCGGGAUUGGGACCGUACUGUGCGAGUAAGUAUGCGGUUGAGGGGUUGAUGGAGAGUAUGCUCUACGAGGUGGAUCAGUUUAAUAUUAAGACUACGUUGGUGGAACCGGGGCAUAUGAGACGCGAUGAUGUGGGGGAUUUGGUGGGUGGUGUUGAGGAGAGUAUCUUUGGCGGCGGUGGUGGGUAUGGCGCGGAGGAAGAGCAGGAUAGUGCCAACAAUUUGGCGCUGGGGUCACCGUUGCCGCUUUAUGGCCAUUUCUUGGUCAAGCCGCCGAGCGAGCCGUAUAAUACGCCUACGUCGCCGGCGGCGCAUGCGAAGCGCAUGCUCAUGUGGUUGGGGGAUAAGCAGCCGGCAAGUGCGGUUAAGGCGGCGCAUUUGGUUUGGCAGUUGGGUCAUUGCUCGUAUCCGCCGUUGAGGCUGAUUUUGGGGACGUAUGCCGUGGAGAGUAUUCGGGAUCGCUUGAAGUGUAUUAUCGAGGAGAUCGAGGAUUGGAAGUACCUCAGUUUUCCGACGGGGGAGCAGCAGGGGCACCAGCAGGGGCACCAGCAGGGGCAGGGGAAGGAU